CCGAAACGAAACGCGUUUGUGGCUUCAGACGGCGAGUGGCAGUCGUGCAACCAAGUCGUACUAUUCCAAAGUUUUCGAAGGCCAAAAUCCCCUCUACUGAAAAGUUGGUCAGGCAACUUUUUCAACCAACCUAACCCGUACACACCACCAACCAGAUACAACGCAAAAAGAUUUUACGCAAAAAAGCAAUCCUUUUACUUUUAAACAAUUUUUGGAUACAUCCUCUAUUGCUAUAGAUGACCGAGAAGGAUACCGUCUCGAUGGCUACCGUGCAGAUGAAGCCCGACUAUGCGGCUAGCGAGGUCUACAGCACCGCUAGCGAGCCGCCACCGAUGGGAUUUUUUAACUUUAAUCAUCAGGCCUACAAGCGCCAGGCGAAUUCGGUGAAAAUUGCCAAGAUCACCGCUUUUACGAUCAUCGUUUCCUCUUUCGUUCUGGGAUCCUUUAUCCUGGCCUCGUCCUAUCUCCAGGCCAAGGCCUCUUGCGAUCAGGUUCAGGCUCUUGACUCUGUCUUGGAGAAGGAGCUGAUGCUCGAGACUCUGCAGCAGGUGGGCAAGGAACUGCCUCGUGCUGAGCCUUUGUUGGGAGCUUCAGGAACUGGCGAUGAAUCCGAGCUGCAGAGCUUGGACGCGGAAAGCCGCAAGGCCGUCCCUGCCCCAGCAGCUGCCCAGGAUGCUGAUAAGGACAACUCCUACUCCGACAGCGAUGAGACCGAUGAGAUGCAGAAGUUCCCCGGCAAAGUGCCGCUCGAGCUGGACUUGAGCGACCUGGCUGCUGCCAUUCUGCGUAACAACAAGAAAUCCCGCAUGAACUGCGUCGUGGAGCGCAAACACGCCGAGGAGAUCGUCGACUCGCCCUCCAAGACUGUGGCUCUGCCCUUCGGAGUCAACCUGACCACCGAUCCCAAGAAGGCUCGCAUCACAGGCGAACGCAUCUCGAUUUUCUGCGACGGCGGUGACGACAAGGAGCGUGAGGAGAAGGAGGCCAAGCGCCAGCGCGAGCAGGAGGAAGAGGACUCUGACGAGGAUGCUGAGCCACUCCGUCCCAUGUUCAUUCCCUUCCAGCGUGUGCCCAUUCCAUUCGGCCGCAUUCCCGACCAGAUGCCGCUGACCCACAUGCCCCAGAGGAUGAUGCCACCAGCAAUGCAGAUGCACCAGCAGUUGCCCCAGCAGCAGCAGCAGGGACCCAUUAUCAUCCGCCAGCUGCCUCCUCCCUUCCAGCACCUGCCCAUGCGCCCACCCAUGCCUCCCCAGGUGAUGCAGGCCCCCCGCAUGGAGUCCUCCGAGGAGAUGCCCAUUCCCAAGAUCCAGACCGUGCGCAUCCACAUGCAGCAGCUGCCCUUCCGUGAAAUCCACGUUGCCGAUGAUGUUCCCGUCCAGAUCCCUGCCCAGCGCCAGCCUGAGCAGCACCAGCAGCCACCCAUGCAGAUGCAGAUGCGUCAGGAGCAGCGUGAGGUGCCCCAGAUCCAGAUCCAGCCCAUGCCUUUCGGUAUGGCUCUGCAGCGUGUUGGCAUCACCGCCGAGGACCUGAGGAACAUCCAGCGCAUGGCUGAAGACCGCAUCACCGACGAGCUGCGUCGUCUGGCCGCCGAGGAGAGUGCUGACUCCAACGAAGGAAACUCAAGUGACGAGGAUGUGUCCUCUUCCGGCGAGCAGGCUACCACCGAAUCCCAGCCUCAGCAGCAGCCGUCUCAUCCCGAGCCGACGCCGUCAGAGCAGCACCAGGAGCAGAGCCAGGAGCAGGAGCAACAGGUGCCCCAGAUGCGCAUCCAGCGCCUGAUCCUCCAGCCUCUGCCAGAGCAGCCCCGCGACACCAUGACCCCACCGAUGCCCGAUCAGCCCCAGCAGGUGCCCUUCGGUCGCAUGGUCUACGGCCGUAGUCUGGCCCAGCCCGUCCGCAUCCCUGUGCCCAUGAUGGCUAUGGAGGGAGCAUCCAAUGCCGCUGCCUCCGAGGAGUCUCAGCGACCUCACUUCGUCCAGCCUCGUUCCGUUUAAGAAACAAGAACACCACGCCUGUGAUUGCUGCUGUGCGAAUCGAAUCUCGACGAGAGGGGAGAUUGAGAUUGAGAAGAAACUAGGAGGAGUCAACACGUCACCUACUUUACCCAAAAUAUCUAUUGUAUUGUAA